AAUUAAAAUGUCCCAAGAGACAACACUCUUGUCAACAUAACAGAGCCAUUAGUUCCAAAUUUCUCGCUGCCCCUUUCUUAUCAUUAUCAUCCACCCAAAAAAAACCCAUCAAGUUCCUUCCUUUGCAAAGGAGAUGUUUAAGCAGUGGCUUGUGCCUCAUAACGCCAAUGCUCUCUAUUUCUCUGUCUCCAACCCCAAAUUCAAUCUUCUAAGCUCCUCAAAGAAGCCAAAUCGUCUCACGUCCUGCGUUCUCAAUGUUGGAUUCCAAGAUAUCGCCGAAGUCAUCCACAACAAGGUUCUCAUAGCUGCUGGGGUUUCCGGAGCGAUUGGCCAGCUCUCAAAACCCUUCACUUCUGUUGUUUUUUAUGGGAAAAAAUUGGACUUUAGAGCUGCUUUUCAAGCUGGAGGUUUUCCUUCUACGCAUUCAUCUUCUGUAGUGGCUGCAGCAACUGCAAUUGCUUUUGAAAGGGGAUUUGCUGACUCCAUUUUUGGCUUGACUGUGGUUUAUGCCGCCCUUAUCAUGUACGAUGCCCAGGGAGUGAGAAGAGAAGCUGGAAAACAUGCGAGAGUGUUGAACAAACUAACAGUUAAUGCUCGGAAAGUUGAAGAGAUGAGUUUAAAGAGGAACAAAGGUAAGGCUUUGCAAUCAGACGAGAUCAGUGAGGAAGUGUCUCUUCCAUUGAAAGAAUCAAUUGGACAUACCGAAGUUGAAGUCAUAGCAGGAGCUUUAUUCGGUUUCUUUGUUAGCUUCGGCGUUUCUUCCCUCAUGUAAAUUAAAAGAAGCUCUCAGCUUCAUUACCUAUAUAUAUGCGUGUUUGUGAGUUGAUAAGAAAGAGAAUUUGAUAUUGUGAAAAUGCAAAUUAAGAGAAACAGUGGAAAAAUGUCAAAUCAGUUUAAUGGAUCUGAGAAUGUUCUGUUUUU